AUGUUAAAACCAGAACGAAUAACAUUCUCUGCUGCUGAUGAUAAAUUUAAUCAGUUGACAAAUAAUGACCAAUUAAAUUCUUUUCUUAAUGAUUCUCUCGUUCAUUAUUCAACAAAUUUUAUAAAAACUGAUCAACAAGAAUUAACAUCUAUUAAACAUUCAAAUUCUUUAGACCAACUUUCAUCUAUAACAAUAUCAGCACCACCAUCUUUAAUCUCUGAAGAAAAUCCAAUUCUUAAUGAGAAUAAUAUACAUCAAUUUGAUACAUUAACAUUACAACAAUUAGCGAUUGGUACACGCCAAAAUUUAUCAAAUAUAAAUGAAGAUAAUAUUGAACCAAGCCCAUCUCAUUCAACAUCAUUGAUUGAUGUACAAAAAGAAAUUAAUCGUGUAAGACAAAUGAAAUACAAUCGAACAUAUUCAUCACCAACAUCAUCAUUUUGUUUACGUUUAACAAUAAAUCCAUUUAAUGGUACAAAUAAUAAUAUUGAUUUAUCAUCAAUAACACAAUCAGUUCAUUUUACUGAACAAACAAAUUGUCGUCCAUUCUCAUCAACAUUUAUAACAUUAAUACCAGAAUCAAUUGUACCAACAUCAACAAAUGAUAAUCAUUUUAUACCAAUGCAUCAUAUUGAAUCACCAUCAUUAGAAGAUCAUGAAGUAUUUGAAACAUUUCAUACAAAACAAACUUCUCUACCUGGUGUAGCUAUACGAAAAUCAGUUAAUUCAUUAAAUCGUAAUAUACCAACAUCAGAAAGAGAUUUAAUUGCAUCAUUACAUCGUCGUGCAAGUAAACAAGGUUUAGAUAAUCAAUCUGAUCAUGGUACAACAUAUAGUGGUGUAUCAGAUGAUAUGAUAUUUUCUGAAUGGGAUAAAGAACGUAAUUUAUUUCAAGAUUAUAUUAAUUCACCGCGUAUAGAAAUACGUGUACUUUUACAAGAACGUUCUGAAUAUCAAAAACAAAUUGAAACAAUAAAUAAUAAUUUAAGUGAACAUAAAAACAUUUAA